GGGAGGGGGGUGCAGGACGCCUCCAUAGGAGACAAAAGCCUGGCCGUGCCUCCUGCUGCUCAGUGAGCAGGUAGUGUCCCUUCCCUUCCCUUGUCUGAGCCUCCUCAGUCAAAUAAGGAAGAGGCCUAGAUGCUAGAUGACACCUAUGCAUGCUGUGUGACCUUGGAAAAGACCCCUUCCUGGGCCUGUCAGAUCAGGGAGGUUGUAGACCCCAAGGCUGCUGGUGACCUCCCCUCUCUGGGCCUCAGUCUCCCUAAAUCAUGGCUUCUCCAGCCAGGAAAAGAUCGCAGAGGUCAUCGAUUCCAACCUGAGCCGAGAUGGGAAUGCCUUGCCCCCUGGAUGAGGGUGAUUGGCAUUUCAUGGUGGGCAGUCCUUGCCAGUGUCUGCUGUCUGGGGCCCAGCAGGACAGGGUUCCAUCAUCGAUAUGACCCCAAGGCUUCCAGCUCCUUCCGACCUAAUGGGACCCAAUUUUCCAUCCGCUACGGGACGGGGCGGCUGGAUGGCAUUUUGAGUGAGGACAUGCUGACUAUUGGAGGCAUUGGGGGGGGCCCUCUGGUUUUUGGGGAAGCCUUAUGGGAGCCAAGCCUGGCCUUUGCACUGGCCCGCUUCGACGGAAUCUUCGGCUUGGGUUUCCCAACUCUGGCCGUGGCCGGAGUGCAGCCUCCGCUGGACACACUGCUGGACCUGGGGCUGCUGGAUCAGCCCGUCUUCUCCUUUUACCUCAACAGAGACCCUGAAGCAGUCCCGGGUGGAGAAGUGAUUCUAGGAGGCUCAGAUCCAGCUCUCUAUAUCCCCCCGCUCACCUUCCUGCCUGUCACCCGGCCAGCCUAUUGGCAGAUCCAUAUGGACCGUGUGACUGUGGGCCACUCCCUGACUCUGUGCCCUAAAGGCUGUGCUACUAUUCUGGACACGGGCACUUCACUCAUCACGGGGCCCUCCAAGGAGAUCGGGGCGCUGCACAAACUCAUUGGUGGUUUCCCGCUGCUGGCUGGGGAGUAUCUGAUCCCCUGUGACCGACUCCCGGUCCUCCCACCCAUCUCCUUCCUGCUCGGUGGUGUCUGGUUCAACCUGACCGCCCAAGAUUAUGUCCUCCAGCUGGCCAGCGGCCGCACCCGCCUCUGUCUGUCCGGCUUCUUGGCGCUGGACGUGCCACCGCCCGCCGGCCCGUUCUGGAUCCUCGGUGACGUCUUCUUAGGGCCUCAUGUGGCUGUGUUUGACCGGGGGGCAGCCCGCGUGGGGCUGGCACGGGCGCGGAGGGCCCUCCGGGGCCCUUGAACUGGGAGCUCCCCGACCCUUCCUCCAAGUCCCCCGAUUCCCCCCGGCCCCGCCCAGACCCUUGAGCUGAGCACCGCGUCCCCCGCAUCUAGACCCCUGAGCGGGAUGCGCCCCGCACCCCUACGCCAGGAGAUCCUACGGGGCUGCCUUGGGGUUCCUUUUUGGGUCGGCGCUCGGGGAUCCUCUUCGGCUCCGCGCUUGGGGAUCUCCAGGGGUGGGAGUGGGGUUGAGGGGGAGUUUGCAGUCCCGGGCCAGGCCGCGCCUCUCCUCGGCAGCAUCUUGCCCCCUCUUCUGCCUCCCCUCAACUGCCGAAUAAAAAGCUGCGAUGUGUCUUUUC